CUCGUUGAAAAGCUAACCAAUAGAUACCAUUUUACAUGUCACAUGCUCAAAACACUUCCUGGAAAACCAAAAACAAAAGUGAAAGUAUUUGUAAAUACCUUCCUAUACAAAUAGGUGUUUGGUUAGUUGAGAGGACAGUUGAAGAAAUUUGCUUUACGAUGGCAAACAGUAUUAAUGUUAUUCUAACAGGGAAAAGGGUAAAGCCUGAUGUCUUGACAAAUGACCCAAGUGACAAAAUGGAAUUGCACAAGGAAAAAGUAAAAUUCAGAAAGAAAAAAAUGUCUGAGAGCUCAGCUUCACCUAAAAGGGCUCGUUUAGACAUGAUGGCUCUAGAUGAUAUGCCAAGGGAAGAACUUGUAAUAAGAUUAAGAGAUCAGGACAAGUAUGUGAAGUCCUUGGAAGAAAAGAGCAAAAAAGAUGACAACACAAUCAUAAGAGAAUUGGAAGAAAAAUUGCAUAAACAACAGAAAGAAGCAGCACGUAGAGAAAAUACUCUUGUGCACAGACUAACAACUAAAGAGCAAGAACUACAGGAUUAUCUUAAUCAAAUUCAAGAAAUGAAACAAGCACAGACACAGAAUACAGCACAGUUGAGAUCUUUAUUGUUGGACCCUGCUGUUAAUCUCGUGUUCCAGCGAAUGGCAAAAGAAAUGGAUGAAAGCCAGGAAAAACUGAAACAAACUCAAAACGAACUCAGUGCUUGGAAAUUUACUCCGGACAGUCAAACUGGUAAGAGACUUAUGGCAAAAUGUAGAAUGUUAUUACAAGAAAACGAAGAAUUAGGAAAAACAAUUAAUUCUGGAAGAACAGCUAAAUUGGAAGGGGAGAUUUCAUUACAGAAGACAAUGGUUCAGGAAAUGAAGAAAAAUCAAGAGGAGCUUGAUGAGUUUCUAGGUGAAGUCGAAGAAGAUGUAGAAGGCAUGCAAAGUAUGAUUUACGUCUUACAACAGCAGCUUAAAGACAGUAAAGAUCAGAUUACACAGCUACAGGAAGACAAUUCAAGACUUAAACAAAGUCCAUCAAAACAUAGCCCACAUAAACAUCAAUCACAAGAAUACACAUCUCACAGUUCAGAACAAAUCAGCAUAAAAAAGGAACCUAAAGACGAUCAUGAAAGUAUGGAAACAGACCAAUCAGAAACGAAUAAUGAUCAUGAUAUGCAAAUUAAUCAUAACCCAUCAUCCAAUCAGACUAGUAGCUCAAACCCAAAUUCACCAAGAUCACAUGGUUUGGUAAGGGACUAUGAUAGCUCGGAAGAGUUGUCAAGAGACUGGUCUAGGAGCCCUGAUCACCGGACUCAUGAGUCCAAGGACUCUUUAUAUAAUAAAACUAAAAGUAAGAGGGAUGUAGAAAAUAAGACUCCAGAAUUAGAUAGAUACAGCGACAAAGAUUGUUCAAAUGAAAUUUUACGAAACGGUGUUGGCCGGACUCCAAUUAAAAAAGAGACAUUGGGGCAAGUGUAAUUCAUUAAAUCAUGUGGUCAUUCAAACCAUUUAUAACAUUUUUAAAUAGAAUUUUUCAUAUUUUCUUUUCCAUUUUUUCAUCAUAGACAUGAAAUUUUUUGUUGAAAUAAUUGAAAAUCGUCCAAAGACAAUGUUUUGAUAUGUAUAUUGUGGUAGCUGCCUUUAUCAUAAAAAUGUGUCAUUUGUUACUGAAAUGAGGUAGACUUUUGUUUGUUCCUUAAAAAAAUUGUUGUUUUUGCAUCCAAUGUAUACUUGAUCAUCUUCAAAAAAUGAAAUUGAUUGCAUACAAUUAAGUCUGAUAGGAUUAUCACAUCACACCACAUAAAAUAUUCAAGUAGAAGACAUGUACCAUGUGUACUGAAGUCACAUGACUAAUUUGUAUAUACUCAUUAUCAUUCUUUUAAUUGUAGUAAAUCAAUUUAUGCAAAUAAGCUAGCUACAUAAAUGAAAUUAUUUGGGAUUUUUUAGAAUUUGGUGAAAUCUAUUUUAUUGUUGCACUUACAACUAAAAUUUAUUGACAUUCAUCACAGAUGUCUUGUGGAAGUGAAAACAUUAUAUUUGAUCUUUGAAAGACUAUGUGUCUGCCAUAACAGAUAAGCAUCUUGUACUCAAAGGUCAACUAUUUAUAAAUGAACUUUAAAGAAGAAGCAUUUUUUGUUGUUUAAAUUAAAGCCUUAAGGCCACACUUAAUUUAUUUGUUUUCUUUUGAGAUUUACUGUUGAAAAUAGGGGAAAGUGGGCAAUACUUUUAUAUUUCUUAAAUUGUUGGAAAACAUGAAAUAUGCUGACUGGUUUAUUUGAAUUGUUUAGAAUUUUUGAAACAGAUCAAUAGAAUGUGAGAGUCAUAGGAAACAAAAUGAAAAGGAAUAUCAUAAGAAUAAUUAUAACUUCUAUCACUUUUACCUCCCUCAUUAGAUUUUAAGAAGUAAAGAACAGACAAGUGAAAUACCUCUUUACAGUGUUGUUUUAUAAAUAGUCCUAUUAUCAUGUGUUAGUUGUUUUGUUACUACUUAUUUGUUUUCAUUACAAAGACAGAUAUCUACUUGUAUCCAAAACAAAAUUGGUUUUGCAUCAAGGUAUACAAAAAAAUCUUUUAAAGAUUUGCUUAUUUCUUAUUUAAAGUCUUGUAAUUUGUAACUGAGAGUGACCCUGUAUUUCAACAUGCUUCAGGUCUCAUUCAUACUUUCCCUGUAAACAUGUAUAACAUGUACUAAGUUUAAGUAAGAUGUACAGCAUAAUAAAUACUUGUAUGCAAUGAUGGCAACUGUCACCAUUAUUUUCCCUGACUUCUUAUGCAAUAAUAGUUGGUUGCCUCAUUUGAAAAGAAGAGAAUAUUUUAAUUGAAGCCGAAAUUAAGAUUUUCAUAAGAUACAUAAAUGUUUUUUAUUAAAGUAUGUUGUUGGCCAUGUAUAUGAACAAUUAUUGAUAAGUUUGAUUGGAAUUUAGAAUAACUUCUAUUUCCACGAUACUGUACUGGUACAGCAGAAUUGAUUCAUUUACUUUAAAGUUUGAUUUAAAAAUUAAUGUUGUUUUGUGUAUUUAAAGAUGCUGUACAAUUGGUAGUGAAAAACAGUUGUUAUGGGUAUUAUAUAAAGGGUAUUAUUUUUUUGUGAUUUGUUAAAAAGUUUGGAGUACUUAUGAGACUGGUAAGUGGAAUGUAAAAAAAGUCCUGACUAACAUAGAAUCUUUUAUACAAUAAAGCAUGUUGUGAUAUUGUAGCAUCAACUGUAAUAGAAAUACUAGCCAGAAAUCUGACAGUUUACAGUCAAGAGAAUUUUAUUCUAGAAUUUUAAGUCAUUUUAAUGGAUCAUUCCAGGAAGAUAACUGAAAUUAAAGUUCAAGUUGACUUUGGUGGGCAUUUUCUUUCUUCUCAGAAAUUAUUUGAAUUUUUGAAAAGAUAAAAACUAGGAAAUCUGGGGGGAAAGGACUUACCAGGAAACAAAGUAAAUUUCUGUCGUCAACUAUGGUGAAAUUAUCUUAGUUCAGAUUACUUGAUGAUAAUACAUUUUAUCCCUAUCCGGCUGACCUGGCUGCUUGAACUUUUGACGCAUACAACAAUCACUUUUUCAUUGUGGUGUCAGAUAUUUUGUUUUAUGACGAGAAAAUUUUAAAGGAACCUGUGUGAUAUCCAGUAAUGGCGGACAAAUAGAGAUAAGUUGUAUGCCAGUCCCCAUCAAACAUAUGUCCUUGUUUUUAGCCAUAGAAAACUUGACAUAUUGAUAAAAAAAUAAUGUAAAUGGACAAUCACUAUAAUGUUUUUGUUGAAAGGUUACUUUCAAAUUCAGGUAAUAGAUUUUGAAUUUCCAGUUGACGUAGUGUCAUUAUGUUUAAAUAUAAAACAGCAAGUGUAUAUAUUAUGUUCUUAUUGGUAAGUUUACUUUAGGAUAGCUUGUUACACAAGAGAAAAAAAUUCAUGUCAGGGGAAAAAAAAUUGUAUAGUUAAGUGGAGGCGAAACUAAUCAAUAAGUGAACAUUGUGAAAUGACUUAUUUACAAACAUUAUUCAUGACAAAAAAAGGUCUGGCAGUGGAAAAAAGUUGUUGAGUUCAAAGUCUGAAGACAUGAAUUAGAUUUAAAUGUAAAGUCUUACCAAUAUAUCUCAUUUUUGAACCAGUUCUAAGUGAGAGAGAAAAAAGAGAUCUAGGAUUGACACCAAAGAGACUACAACCCUACACUUAUGUUAGUAAAAAUAGACAUCUGUUGGUUGCUAUACAGCCUCCAAUUAACACACACCAUAUGACAAACUUUAAGAUACUACAAAAAUGUAUUAACUAUUAAGUAACCUGUUAUCUGUGGAAUCGUCCAUAUAGGUGAAUGUCAGAUGUGUUUUGUUAUGUUAUGUCUAUAAGAUGACUAAGAAAUUGAUAUCCAAUACAGAAAACAUGACAUACAAAUAUGAGUUGGAACUUAAAAGUAAAAAUCACUGAUUAUAAGUGUUUCUUGUACUGUUUUAUACUUGGAUCAAAGUAAUUACAAUGUAUAUGCAUAUUAUAAGUGAUUUGUUAUGUCAUAUUUUGUGAAGAAUUGAAUUGGGAAUGAUAGUUUCAUUUAGAGGGAGGGGGUUUUAACAUUUAAUAUUUGUUUUGUACUAAGAGAUGUCAUUAAACAAUAAAAAGGCAGCUUACCAUUCAAA